AUAUCUAAUAUUUAUCAAUAUUUGAUAAAUAAAUAGUUCAAAAAGUUUAUACUUACAUAUUUUUUAUUGAUAAAGCAAAAAUUUACAAGAUGGCAGAGAAUGUAAAUAAUCCAUAUGAUAUUAAUGGACAACAUUUUGAUUCAAAUAUGUAUUUUCAAAAAUUGUUGAAGGAAUGCACUUUAAAGCAAAUUAUGGAUCAUGAAGCUGAGAUCAUAAAAAACACUCAGACUUUAAAUUCUGAUAUGCAGACUUUAGUAUAUGAAAAUUAUAAUAAAUUUAUAUCUGCUACUGAUACUAUUCGCAAGAUGAAAACAGAUUUCAAAGAAAUGGAGAACAGCAUGGAUCUCUUGGCAGCAAAUAUGGACAGCAUCACUUCUUUCUCAGAAAAAAUUUCUUCAACUUUACAUGGGACAAGACAACAAAUUGCUAAACUGUCCUCUGUUCAUACUCUGUUGAAGAAAUUGCAGUUUCUCUUCAAGCUACCUGGCAAUCUGAAAGAUAAAAUAAACGAAGAAAACUAUGCGCAAGCAGUUCAAGAUUAUGUUCAUGCACAAAGAGUUCUCGAUCAAUAUAGUAACAUGCCAUCUUUUCAAGGCAUCCAAAAAGACUGCGAGGACAUUUUAGAAGAACUGAAAUCUAAACUCAGAUUACAGUUUCACAAAAGAGAUGCUUCUACUAAGGCUCUUGCCGAAAAUGUCGAUCUUUUGCUGAAAUUAAAAGAACCAGCUGAUUCUUUAUGCACUGAAUUUUUGACGCACGCUGAGAAACGGUUGACAGAACAAUUAGAGAUCUUGAAAGUUAUGUGUGAAAAUGACAUUAUCGAAUUUGUAGACAUGGCUUCUUCGGGAUUUCUUAGUGAUUUGUGUUUAAUUGUGGACUCUUACAAUGAUUUAUUUAUAAAUCGAUCAUUGGAAGAUAAUGAUUUAGUUGAUGAUUUUGAAAUAACAGCUAUGAAUCAUUUGAAUAAGUUUGUUGUAAGCAAUAUGAAGAAAUAUUUUGAUUUAAUAAGCAAAAGAGUGGAAGAUGUGGCCGAUACAGCAAUUUUGGUGAGAGCUCUUGACAGAUUUUAUCGCAGGCUACAAGCGAUGAAUACAUUAUGCAAAGAAACGGACUUUGCCAGGAUUGGAACGGAUAUUAUUGUGAAUGCUGGUCGCAAACAAUGUCGCAAUCAUUUGCAUAGUCUAAAGCAACAUUUGAGUGAGACUUUAGCUAAAGUAAGACAGACAUUAGCUACCAAAGUCACACAGGAUGGAGAUGGCGGUUUGGCAGAGCUUCAAGCAAUGCUCAUCAUGCCUACCAUUGAAAAAGUUAAAGGAGUUUUGCAGGAUUUAUUGGCAUUUUUGCAGCCAGAUUUGACGUUUAGUCCGAAAACGCAGUUUCUGCAAAGUUUUUGCGUGGAUGAAGUGAGAGAAGGAUUAGUGAUCGGUUUUCUGCAUCAUCUUACUGCUACAGCAGCAGGAUUCUGCAAUGGAUCUGAUGUGCCGAAAUUUCCGCCCACCUUGUUGCUUCUGCUUAGCAAAAUGUGCCUUGAGUACAAGGAGAACAAUGUCCGUCAUUUGCUUACGACUACUGACGACCUCUUCAGCAUUGUUCAAUAUACAUCUUCAGAGAACAUUGUAACUCACGGAUCAGAAAUGUGCGAUCAUUUUCAAGAAGCUGCUCAAAAAUUGUUGAAUCACUACGUGCGAAUUCAGGGACUAGCAGUUUCCCAAAUGUUGAGGAAAUCUGUAGAAACUAGAGAUUGGCUGCAUACGAUUGAACCGCGAACCGUGAGAGCCGUGAUGAAGAGGGUUGUCGAAGAUGUAACUGCCAUUGAUUCCCAAGUCGCCGCAUUAUACGAUGAUAACGAUGGUCAAGUAGAUAGAAGUAGCGACAGCAGCAGGAAGACUCAUAGUAUUAGCGUGUCGAGGCAUCACUAUAGAUCAAAUUGGUCAUCCUAUACAUCCAGCCACAUCGAUUCUUCUCUUGUGACGAACAUUCACAAGCUAUUCUCUGAACGAAUCGAAAUCUUUUCGUCAGUGCAAUUCAAUAAGGCGUCCAUUCUAACAGGAAUUAUUAAGAUUAGCUUAAAGACUUUCCUCGAAUGCGUGAGACUACGAACGUUCAGUAAGUACGGCUUGCAACAAAUUCAAGUGGACACACAUUAUUUGCAACUUUAUCUGUGGAGAUUCGUUUCGGAUGAGAAUGUGGUUUACUUUUUGCUGGACGAGAUUUUGGGUAGCGCGGUGCACCGAUGUCUGGAACCAGUCUUAAUGGAACCCAGCGUGGUAGACAUUAUUUGCGAACGAGGUUGAUUCAUGAACAAUUUCAAAUUGUCUUGUGCAAUUGCAUAUAUCAGUGUAAUAUCACAGAGGGUACGAUACGUUAUAUAGUUUAUAAAUUAAUAAAUUACUACAAUGAUCAUAAUCAAUUAAACAUAUAUUGUAAUGUAUAGAAGA